AUGUCUUGGGUAGCAAUGACAGGGAACUUUGGGUGGGGCUCAAACUCCAUGGAAGAGAUGUGGAGGAAAGGUCCUUGGACUGCUGAGGAAGACAAGUUGCUCAUUGAGUAUGUGAAGUUGCAUGGGGAGGGAAGAUGGAACUCUGUGGCUAGGCUCACAGGGCUCAAGAGGAAUGGGAAGAGCUGUAGAUUGAGGUGGGUGAAUUACUUGAGGCCUGACCUCAAGAGAGGCCAAAUAACCCCACAUGAAGAGAGCAUCAUCCUAGAGCUCCACGCUAGGUGGGGAAACAGAUGGUCAACGAUUGCAAGAAGCUUGCCAGGAAGAACAGACAAUGAGAUCAAGAACUACUGGAGGACGCAUUUCAAGAACAAGGCCAAGGCCUCUCCGAGCAACCCUGAGAGAUCGAAAGCGGCGCGUCUUCUGCGUCGCCAACAGUUUCAUCAUCAUCAGCAACAGCAACAUCAGCAAAUGCAACAGCAGCAACAACAGCAGCUGCCCCAACAGCAACAGCAAUUGCAACUGACUCCGGUUGACAUGAAGAGCAUCCUGUCCCUGCUUGAAGAAACCGACCACCACAGAGUCCUGUAUGCGCCCCCAAUCAGGCCCGAGAUUGCGGAGGCAUACCCCAAUAACUCCGUCUAUGACCAGUGCUUGUUCUACUCUGUUUCCAAUGCCAAUAAUGCUUCUCUUCCUGAGGCCUCAUCAUCAACAUCAACAAAUGAGGAUAUCUUGUGGGAUGGCUUGUGGAGCAUGGAAGAUGUGCACGGAAUAAACUGUGGUGCUCCGUAUGCAACAGGCAAAGCCACUAUGCACAAUUUGGUCGCUCCCUUCUGUUGA